AUUUCAAGUCACGUGAUACACACAAUUUACGGCCAUAUUGGUUUUCAGCUUCGUAUGCAAGAAGUUGUAUUAUUUUAUCCAAAUUAAAAGACAGGCGCUUCAGUUGUAAAGAUGGCAGAUACUCUAAAGUUUGGUCCAGAAUGGUUAAGACAGUUAUCAGGGGGAAACAGUGUUGGUACCCCGCCCCCUUCCCCCGCACCAGGAUUCGGUAAAUACAAGCUGGCAGAUUACAGGUAUGGUAGGGAAGAAAUGUUAGCUCUGUAUAUACGGAGUGAAGGAAUACCUGAAGAACUGAAACAAUAUACAGCCAUAGUGUCAGAAAAACCUCAAGACCCAUUAGCCUUCCAAAAUUUAUCAGAGGAAGAACAGCAAAUAAUGGCGCAGUCAGUGAACAGUCAAGCUGUGUUACGUAUGAUGGGUAGAGGGGCACCUUCAAUGAGAGGGAGAGGUGGUGGAGUAGAGAGAGGCAGGGGCAGAGGAAGGGGGCGGGGUGAAGGUUAUAUGCAGCGAGGAGUAUCGUACGAUGAAAUGGAAGGUGGUUUUGGUCGGCCACGUCAAAGACCAGAUGGUUCUUGGGAUGAAGGGGAAGUUAAAGCAUAUCAAAGGUCAUAUUCAAAUAGAUAUACAGAUCCAACACAGCCAAACAAAGUGUAUCAACGUUCAUUAAGUAGUGAAAAUUGGCGUGAUCGUGAGGAAGAUGAUGAUAAUGGAGACUGGAGGAGGGCCGGGUCCAAAUGGAACAAUACGAGAACCAGCUGGCGAGAUGGUACACAUCAACGAGGUUUUGAAUAUGACCGGUCACAUCAAGUACAAAGAGGUGGUUUUAAUCGUUAUGGUAGACAACGAAGUGGAGAGAAUUGGGAUGAAGAAGAUUUACCAGAGUGGAGUAUGGAUGGUGACCCUGAUGAAGUUGGAACAUUUGAUGCCACUGGUGCUUUUGUUUCUCCUAAAAAGAUAAUUAGAAAAGAGGAAGAUUGGGAUAUUGAUGAAGAAAGGCCAAAUAAGUCUCCCCAAGGGCCAAGUCCUGAAGAUAAUAAUAGAUUGGAAAAGAUUGAAGAAGAUACAAAGAAGGCCACAAAUUCAAAGGACAUCAAUGAUAAUCGUACAAAGAAAUCUGAAAAGGAAGAAAAAGAAAACUUUGAGAGAAAUGAGGUGAAUGGGCCACCCCAGAAACACAGUAUUUCUGUUCCCAAGAAAAAUAGUGCUCAAAACAAUCCUUCAAAAGUGUUAAGUGAUAAUAUGCAACAAGAGAAGCUAGCAGAAUCCCCUCGACCUUCUCCAGGUCAAGCUAGAAAAACUAAUAAAUCUCAGCCAAAAGCUGCAAAGCCCUCCGAUCAUACAGACACUAUAUCUAAGACUGCAGAUGCAAAGAAAAAUGGCAACUCCAAUAAAGGUGGUAAAAUGGAGGAGAAAGUUGUCAAACAAAAUGCUGAGACAACUGCUACAAAACAUGCUAACACGAAAGUGCCUAAAGACAAUAGUAAAGAAACAGUAAAUACAUCUUCGACUAAAAGACGAGAAAAGUUAAAGUCAGAAGCUGAAGCUCUUGAUCAGUUACAAGAGACUGUGGAAAAUAUGGUAGCAGGGAUCACAGUUCUCGAGGAUGAUGAAGAUGAAGGGGGAAUUUCCACAACAAAAUUUGUUCAACAAAGUGCUCUACCCCCAGACCAUGAAAACUACAGUAAAUGGUACUACAGAGACCCACAAGGGGACCUGCAAGGUCCUUUUUCAUCAACUGAAAUGGCAGAGUGGUUCAGUGCCGGAUAUUUUACCAUGAACUUAUCUGUUCGCAGAGGCUGUGAUGAGCUAUUUUCACAACUUGGUGAACUUAUAAAGAGAUGGGGACGAGUACCUUUUCUACCAGGUCCUUCUCCUGCACCACUUAUGAAUAGUACUAGUCCUGAUAUAUCUAAACAACAACAACAACAGCAGCAGCAGCAGGAGCACAUGCAACAAGCAUUACAACAACAGUUAUUAAUUCAACAACAACUUGUACAACAACAAAUGUUAAUGAGACAUCUACAGUUACAACAGAUGCAACAGGUGAUGAGUCAGUUACAGGAGAAUGAACACUUUAAGUCAUUACCACCAAUACAACAACAACAACUUGCAAUGCAGAUGAUAUUGAAACAAGGAACUCCCAUACCUCCAGUUCAACAGUCACAACAACAAAAACUUUCACCUAGGUCAUCUGAGAUUCCUGUCACAUCAUCAUCACAUCCAUCAUAUAAUCGUUCAUUUUCCACUCCAAAUACAUCUCAGGGAGAGAAUGUGACAGCUAGUAUAUGGGACAUAGAUCCUGGUACAACAACUAUGCCUACAGGAGGCAUCACUGCUGCUGAAUUAGAAAGUACAUUAAAGGAGAAAGAACAGCAGGAAGUAGAAAGGAAAUACCAAGAAAUGUUAGAGAGAGAAAAGGAGGUAUUAAGGAAACAACAAGAAGAAGUGCAAAGACAGAAAGAAGAAAUAGAAAGAGAAAGGAUAGAAAUAGAAAGAAGAAAACAGGAAGAAUUAAAGAAAAUAGAGGAAGAAAGAUUACGUGCUGAAGAAGAAAAAAGGAAAAUUGAAGAGGAACAUCAACGACGUAUUGAAGAGAAAAAGAGAGAAGAGGAAGAACGAAGAAGAUUGAUGGAAGAGGAAAUGAGGAGACAACAAGAACUGGAGAGACAAAAACAAAUACAACGGCAGCAAGAAAAACAAUUGAAGGAGCAGGAGGCAGAAAGAUUGAAGGAACAGGAGGAGAAACAGAAACAACAAGAAUUAGAGAGAAGACAACAAGAAGAUGCUCUCAGGAAACAACAAAAUGAAGCACUGAGAAAACUGCAGCAAGAACAACUAGCUAAUAUGCAGUUACCCUCACAUGCCCAGUGGGCAAAUAAUCAGUCACCAGUGUCGGGCACAACAGGUGGAAAAUCUUUACUCGAGAUUCAACAACAAGAAGAAAAUGAAAGAUUAGAAAGAGAGGAGAUGCAGAGGAAACAGCUGGAAGCUCAGAGGCAGCAAAUGAUGGCCAUUCAACAACAACAACAACAAAAGUCAUGGAUAUCGUCUUCGUCAGCUGCAUCAGGAACGAAGUCUUUACUAGAGAUACAACAAGAACAGGCCAGACAGCUAGAGAGAGAAAGAUCGAAACGUGAGGAAAAUCAUCAAAUUGCAGCUAAGAAUUUGACGUUGGGGUCAGCAAGUGUAUGGGGGUCAUCUCCACCUCUUUCCAACUGGGCAAAUGAAGGAGCCUGGGGAGCUAUAAAAACUGCUCAACAACUUAAUGUUAACAUGAAUAGUAACAACAGUAAUAAUAAUAAUGCAGCUCUAGGUUUCUGGGAUGAUGCAAUCAUUUCAUCAUCAGGACCAGUGAAAAAACAAUCCAAUAAACCCGGUAAACAGCAGACAGCAGAGUUUCCAGCAUUAGGAGGAGAAAAGUCUCAGAAAGCAAAAGGAACAUCAGCAUCCCAGAGUAAAAAUAAACCAUCAAAAUCAAAGAAAGAGGAGGAAGCUGUACAAAGGCUGUUCCAAACGUUCCCCCAGGAAGAUGAUUUCACAUUGUGGUGUAAAAAACAGUUAAAGAACAUGGCUACAUCUGUUGAUAUUCCAACAUUUGUUGCUUUCCUACAAGAAGUAGAAUCCCCGUAUGAGGUGCAUGAUUAUGUUCGGUCCUACCUUGGGGAGAACAGAAUAACAGAAGAUUUUGCGAAGGCAUUUCUUGAAAAGAGGAGCCAGUUUAGGAGCAAGUCAAAACCUGUUGUCCAAGAGGAUAGUAUUUGGGGACCAGCUCCUGCUAUAACUCCUAGAGAGUUACGUCAACCUACCCAGUCUUUCAAUGAAGAAGGUCAGAAAAGCAAGGCAAAUAAGAAGAAAAAGAAUAAAAUGUUGAAAGUGGAUGCCAGUAUUCUAGGGUUUACAGUGCACGCUGCACCAGAUCGUAUUGUUGGAGAAAUUGACUCUUUGGAGACAAAUCCAAGAUGAGAUGUUAAAUACGUGACACUGGAUCUAGUUCAUUUUUUACGAGAGAAUUUCUUUUUCUGUUAAAUAUGUACAUGCUUUGCAAAUGUUUGUUGAUGUGGGGUAGAGUGCUUGUUGUUUUUGUGAGAGAUUUAUCAUGAUGCCUACAAGGUUAAAACAGGUCAACCUGUAGUUGCAAAUGACCAAAGUGCUAAACGUAAGUUUGAGCUGUCGAGGGGAGGAAACUGUCUUAUUUAUCUGCAGACUACAGUGACAAUACACUUCAACAUAUUCAUAUGCUAAAACAUGUUGAAGUUAUAACCAUACAAAUGGCAAUACGAAUAAUGUGAAUGUAGAUGUUGCUCUCACAAACGUAUGAUAAACAUAUGAUAAACAAGGAGUGUUUACGAGUAUUGAAAGGGAGACAGGCUAAGUAUAGAACUUGACAGUUAUGUUGUACAUGAAGUUGUUUGAUCACCUGAAUGAGAAACAAAAAGUGUCAGCGUAGCUUUUCUGAUAAUAAAACAGACUUACAAGUGUUCUACAUUGCCCUUGUUGACUUACAGGUUUAAUUUUGUAAGAACUGUAUACAUAGCCGCUCAUGACUUUUAAGCUCACAUUAGCACUUAGUAUGAAUUGGUAAGUUUUUGCUAUGUAAAAAAGAUGGCAUUUUAGACCAAAAUAAGGUAUAUAAUUUAUAAAUUGUUAAAUAGAAAUAAAUAAUAAAUUGAUGACCGUUUAUUCUACUGAUCCUAAGGUACUUUAUUUUCUUGGUUGAAACAGUUCAAGAAAUCGUGUUUUAAAUUCUGUGUUAACAUAUAUGUCAUAUUGACAUACUGUGGCAUACAAGAGCUAGUCUGUACAAACAAACAGGUAGUCUCUAAAUAAACAAAACAGAUCAAAUGUUCAUUAUAUUGGUUUUUUAUUCCAUGUCAAAGAUGAAAUAUUUUAUUCAUAGAAAUAUGUUGUUUUAUGAUUUUUUUUAACCAAUUUUUUCUUACUUUAAAAACACAGUAACUAUGUUGGCAGCUUGAUAGAAUAAGAUAUGAAAGUUUAUAGACGCGAGAGUUAUAAGUUUUGACAGAUAUGAGUUUCAGUUGUCAGUUCUAAAUUCUUACAUUUAAGGUAAAAUGAAUAAUAAAAAGUUCACAAUUCACAAACUGAUGGUAUUAAGUGAACUGUUAAGGCAGACUUGUUGGAAAAAUAGAAGUGCUGUUCUGCUCAUACAUUUGUGUUUGUGUUGACAUAAUAGUUUAUAUGUGUAACAUCUGGAUAAUCAACGAAAUUAUUCACACGUCUUUGGACUAUUAUUUGAAGUUGGAUUUUUACUGACUUGUACCCUUUUGUAAACUUAUUAUCCAUUCAAAAGUUGUUACACUAGUCAGAAUAGUGGAGUUCAUUGUUCCACUUAUAACUCUUGUUUACUUUUAGACUCAUUCUAAUGAACUUGCAUAGUCUUGUUUUUCAAGAUGAUUGAGAAAUAAUUAUAUUUAUAUGUGCUGUUAGUUUUAUGCCUUGACAAUAUUUAUUAAAUAUUUUGUUAGGCUUUCACCUCCUCAUGUUGCCAGGUAUAGAAUAUAGAAUAAUAUUCCUUAGCUCAUGCUGGAUGGUUGAAUAGCCCAAACUUUAUCUGCUAAACACCUGACAUUGUGAAUAGUUGACAUAUACUUGAGCCAUGAUGUUCACCUGUUUGUCAUCUUACAGUCCUAUAUUGCAAUCGUUAAGUUCAUAUGAUGUUAUGUUUAGCUGGCGUAUUCUAAGGAAAGAGUGGCUAUAUACUGAUAUAGAUAAAGUUGUGAGUACAACUUAAUUUCUUAUCAACUAACAAAGGUAUUCAGUAAAACUUCACACAAAUAUCUUCUUGGUUUUGGUGAUAUUGUAAUCAAGUACUGAGAAUAGUCCAGCACACUGCCCUCUGUCUUGUCUGGUCCUAGUUACAACCCACUGAUAUAUGAAAGCUGUCUCUAGGGUUUGGGAGCAUAGCUGUUUUAUAUACAACUUUUGUUUUGUUAAUCAUUUGUUUCCAUACAUUGAUCAUAAAUGAUUUUAUUUGAUAUUUUAUUGUUUUCCUUUUAUGGUAAUUUUAUAUAAAGAUCAUGAACAUUUGUUACUGGCAAUGUAAACUCUGAGACCAUUGUGAAAACUACAUUCAUGUUGCAUUAACAAUACAAGUCUUUCUCUAACUAAAGGUUCAGUCAGUAAAAGAACUGGUCUUUUAUACCUUCAGCUUUCUUGUAAAAUAUUCUCAACUGAACUUUUUUGGUAAAAAUCUGGAAGUGUUAUGAGGCCAAUCUUGUUUUCAUUUUUGAAAAACAUUUAACGUUCUUUAAAUGACAAGGCUUGUAAAUUACAGGAAAAAACGCAAAUUGACAAAAAAUGAUAAACAUGGUCUUUCAUGUAAUUGAAUGGUCUUUUUAUUGCAAACAUCUGUUAUUGUAACUUCGGGUCAUCAUAGUAUCUUCUUAAAAAUGCACCUUGAAUUACAAAGAUGAAAGUGUUAUUAUUGGGAAAAAAUGAAAGAUUUAAAUAAACAAAUUAAAAAAAAUGUUUUAACCUCUGGCACCAUUAGCAUGUGUAUAUUGGUGUAAUAUGUUUUAGUACUGAAAUAUGCAUUUAAGUGUGGCCCAAGUGAAAUAAAAAGAAAAAAAUAAUAAUUAGAAAUGAAAUUA